UUUUUGAGGCCGGUGGAAUGAGAGACAGGUGGAAGUUUUUUCGCGUGUAGCAAUCUGGUCACAUUUUUGCAUCGUUUUUUUCUUCAUAACGGUCCACGACCAUCACCGUGUCGACUAAAUACUACUCGCGAUGGCUGCCAACCCCCUCAUCGAUAAGGUGUUGGAGUAUCUGAGCCACACGGAGACGGUGGACACCCUUCAGUUGGCGACAGAGUGGGAGGAGGACCACCAACGGAUCGUGGGGGCUGUGAAAAGUAUUCAGAGUUCGGGUGAUAUCAUUGAAGUGGAGCAACGUUCCGAAGUUAGAACAGAGCUAACUUUAGAAGGGCGAGAAUUUGUCUCCAAGGGGAGUCAUGAGGCCAUCCUAUUUGCGGCCGUGCCUUCAGGGGGAGAGGGAAUCUUGUUGCCCGACUUGAUGAAGAUCACAGGACCCAAUGGAAAGAUAGGGAUGAGCAAAGCAAUGCAAGCUGGGUGGAUCAAGUCGGUCAAGGAAGGGAAUUCCAACAGAGUGGUUAGAUUGAAAGAGUCGAUUGAAGAUAAGGUCCAAGAAACUCUAAGGAAUGUAGCUGCAGGGACGACUGAGUUGGACAAGGCGACAAUGGCAGAGUACAAAAAGAGGAAGCUGCUGGUUCAAAACACUGUCGUGUUCAUGGUACUUCGAAAAGCGAGGGGAUUUACAACGGUAAUUGAGAAGCCUGAAACGGACCUCACUCCAGAAAUGAUUGCGAGCGGAGACUGGAAAACUAAGAAUUUUAAAGCGUAUAACUUUGAUGCACUUGGGACACCAAUUCCUGCUGGGCAUCUGCAUCCUUUGAUGAAGGUGCGUUCCGAAUUUCGAUCAGUCCUAUUUGAAAUGGGAUUCAGUGAAAUGCCAACCAAUCGAUUUGUUGAGAGUUCAUUCUGGAAUUUCGAUGCGUUGUUCGUCCCCCAAAAACAUCCAGCUCGUGAUGCUCAGGAUACAUUCUUUGUCUCGCAACCUUCAACAUGCAACUCUAUUCCGGAAGAUUACAUGAAUAGGGUAAAAGCCGCUCAUGAGGGUGGAAGCUAUGGUUCUUCAGGGUAUGGAUCAAAUUGGAAGAAAGAAGAGGCAUUAAAGAAUGUGAUGAGAACUCACACAACUGCCGUCAGUGCGAGAAUGUUAUACGAAAUUGGUCAGAAGAAAGAGUUUGUGCCCACAAAGUUGUUCUCCAUUGACCGAGUUUUUAGAAAUGAGACCCUGGAUGCGACACAUUUAGCUGAAUUUCAUCAAGUGGAAGGAGUCGUGGCCGAUAAAGGGAUCAAUCUAGGUCAUCUGAUUGGAAUAAUGAAAGAAUUUUUCUCUCGUCUCGGAAUAAAGAAGUUGCGUUUCAAACCAGCCUACAAUCCAUACACGGAACCUUCCAUGGAAGUUUUUGCUUAUCACGAGGGGCUCAAAAAGUGGGUGGAAGUAGGAAAUUCUGGAAUGUUCCGACCCGAAAUGUUGUUACCAAUGGGUCUCCCCGAAGAUGUCAGAGUGAUUGCUUGGGGGUUAUCUCUCGAACGUCCAACUAUGAUUCGAUAUGGAUAUGAUAACAUUAGGGACUUAGUAGGACCAAAGGUGGAUUUGGGGAUGGUUUACAAAAGUCCAAUUUGUCGACUUGAUAAACAGUAAGUGUGUGUAAAUUAUCUAAUUUUGGUGUUAUAAAAUUCCUUUGUUGCUGUCUGUUCACUAUUUUCUACAUAAACUAUCCUCAAGUUUGCAGUGAUUUAAUAACUGAUGUAUUAACUAAAAGUUUUAAUAAAAAAACGCAUUGUUUUGUUGUACCUA